AUGAGUGAGGUGGAGCAGUCGGCUGUGACAUUCUGGUCUAAUUGGAAAUUGCUGCAAACUGGUGCUGUGAAUGAUGGACCUGAGCAAGGACGUUCAGCCAGAUCGGAACCGUCGGACGGUGGUAGAUUGAAGCUAAACACAGAUGCGGCGCUUGAUAGUGAGCAUAAUGUGAUGGGUCUGGGGUGGAUUCUGCGUGAUGAGCAUGGGUGUUUCUUGGCGGCAUUGAACAGGCGUAUGUCAGGCCAGUUUACCGUGGUGGAGACUGAGAUGCUGUGUAUUCGGGAGGCUCUAAGCUGGCUGAAGAAUAUUGGAAUGGGGAAGGUCGAUGUCGAGAUGGACUUACAGUUAUUUGAUGAUGUAAAAGAAGUUGCCACCUCGAUAAACGGGGUUAACUUUAAAUUUGCUAAGCAACCCGCGAACCGUGCAACCCAUGCGUUAAUUCGGGAGGCGCGUUCCACGUCUGGUUGCGGGGAGUGGUAUGAUACAGCACCUCAUUUUCUUGUUGCUGUACUUGCUUUUGAUUCAAUGAAUUAA